AUGUGGAUAUUUGUAAGCAUGAAUGUAGAUAUUACUGAAAGGAGAAAGGACACUCUCGUUAACAUGUGUGAUGAGAGCAAGGUAUUUUUAGAGAGUUUUACACCUAAAUUAGGUGUACCGCUCGAGUACACAGCAAGGACAGCAUUUGAAAGGCCACUGAUGAGCAGGGUUGCCUAUGCUUUGAGAGUAUUACAUACAGAGAGGGGGAGGUUCAAGCAGCAGCAUGCAUGGCAAAUAAAGAAGAUGGAGACUGAGUUCCAGUCCCUAGUUAAAGAUGACUACAAUCCUGAGAAACUUGAUCCCUCACCUGUUCAAGAUGAAUAUGCACCUGUUAUAUUCUCACAGGAAACUGUAUCCCACAUUGUAUCUAUUGAUAUGAUGUCCGGCAAGGAAGACCGUGAGAAUAUACUGCGAGCAAGGGCUGUUGGGAAGGGGGUCUUAACUUCUUGUAAUCUUUUGAAGUCCAAUCACCUUGGUGUGGUGCUCACAUUUGCAGUGUACAAAACUAACCUGCCUCUGAAUGCUGCACAAGAGCGCAUUGAAACUACUGUAGGAUACCUUGGUGCAUCAUUUGAUGUCCCAUCUUUGGUGGAAAAACUUCUUCAGCAACUUGCCAGCAAACAAACCAUCAUUGUUAAUUUGUAUGACACAACAAAUGUUUCUGCACCUAUUAGGAUGUAUGGUCCUGACACUGCUGCUUCUGGAGAGAUGCAUAUUAGUUACGUUGAUUUUGGGGAUCCAACCCGGAAGCAUGAAAUGCAUUGCAGAUUCAAGCACAAGCCUCCACUACCUUGGUCAGCAAUAACCAUGUCAGUAGGGGUUGCAGUAAUUGUUCUUCUAGUUGGGCAUAUAUUUCAUGCAGCUUUAAACCGCAUUGAGGAGGUAGAAGAUGAUUAUUGUCAAAUGAGAGAGCUGAAAGUCCAAGCAGAAUCUGCUGAUGUUGCAAAAUCUCAGUUUCUGGCAACAGUUUCCCAUGAAAUCAGGACUCAGAUGAAUGGUGUCUUAGGUAUGUUGCAGAUGCUGAUGGACACAGAUCUUGAUGCAACCCAACAAGAUUUUGCAAUCACUGCUCAAUCAAGUGGAAAGGCUCUGAUAGCUCUAAUAAAUGAGGUUCUUGAUCAGGCUAAGAUGGAAUCUGGCAGACUUGAACUAGAGGCUGUUCCUUUUGAUCUUCGUGAUGUUCUGGACAAUGUGCUGUCUCUUUUUUUAGAUAAAUCACAAGCCAAAGGCAUAGAGAUGGCAGUGUAUGUAUCUGAACGAGUUCCAGAGAUUCUACUUGGAGACCCUGGAAGGCUCAGGCAGAUCAUCACAAAUCUUGUUGGAAACUCAGUGAAGUUCACAGAAGUGGGGCAUAUAUUUGUUUCAGUAGAUUUAGUCGAAGAAGUAGAGAGAGAGAAAGAUGUGUUGUGUGAGACUUUGAGUGGGUUCAAAGUAGCAGACAAACAAAAAGUCUGGGAGAAUUUCACAAUGUUCAAAUCUUCGACUGAAGGUAAUGGCGCAAUCAACUUGAUGGUGACUGUUGAAGACACUGGUGUCGGAAUACCUCAAGAUGCUCAGAACCGUAUUUUUACUCCAUUUAUGCAAGCUGAUGGUUCUACUUCACGGACAUAUGGUGGGACAGGAAUAGGCCUAAGCAUUAGCAAAUGCUUAGUUGACCUUAUGGGAGGAGAGAUAGGACUUGUAAGUAAGCCAGGGAUUGGCAGUACAUUUUCUUUCACUGCUGUGAUCAAGGAAGGAUGCAGAAAUUCAGGUGAUGCAAAGAGGCAUCAUUCUGACCCAGCUUUAUCAGAUUUCCAAGGUAUGAGAGGACUGGUAGCUGAUGGGAGAUGUAUUCGUGCUAGAAUCAUCAAGUAUCAUUUGCGAAGAUUGGGGAUUCAUGUUGAUGUUGUAAGCAACCAAGACUCUGCACUUGGUACCAUAUUGGAUGCGUGCAAUACCAGGUAAUUGCUAUACUUAAAGAUACUAACGAUGCCCAUUAGAGUCCAUAAAUUUAGCUAAAUUUCUCCUGUCUACUCACCAGUUAUAUUCUCUCGCAUAAUUGGUACGAUUUCCCUUGUAUCUUCAGCCUCCCACACGUUUCCAAGAAUAUAAAUAUAUUCUUGAUACUUUGAUAGUGGAUUUAGUAUUCAAAUUUUCUUGGGCUGUUGCAUUAUUCAGCUUUAUCAUGAUGAAGAAGAUAAUCCUAUUACAGACAUGGUACUUUUCAUGUUUGUCAUGUGCUUGUUAUCCUUCAUUCUCUCUUGUUUUUUCUCAAGGGACUUCCCACUAAACUUUCCAUUACUACAUUCAGGGUGUUGAAGUACAAUAAGAACUAACGUAUUUUUCAAGUAGAAGAAGGCCCAACAGGAUGCAUAACAACGUACAUAUUAUGAAUCUAUUAUGAUAGCUCAAAUUUAGCAUGGGACGCCUUGAUGUUGUAAUAAUAUGUUUGAAGUUAUCUGAUAAAAAAAAACCUUGCAUUACUGGUAAUGCUUGUUUUUUUUUUUUUUCGCUCACUGGAAGAGAGCGUUUUGACAUGGUAUUUGUCGAUAAAGAUGCCUGAGGUGAGGGU